AUGGGCUACACACUCAUCAUAGACAACUACGACUCGUUCACCUGGAACGUAUACGCAGACGUCGCAGUUCUAGGCGGGAAUCCCCUCGUCAGGCGGAACAACAAGAUUUCUAUCGAGGAUGUCGAGGCCAUGCACGCCAAAGGAGACCUGGACAGGAUCAUCAUUUCUCCCGGUCCUGGACAUCCUCGGACCGAUUCGGGGAUCAGCCGAGAAGUUAUCACCUGGGCGUGUGGGAAGGUCCCCGUGCUAGGGAUUUGUAUGGGGUUGGAAUGCCUCGUAGACGUUCUCGGUGGAGAGAUCGCCUUCGCUGGAGAAAUCAAACAUGGCAAGACUUCCCUGGUCGAGCAUGACGGACUCGGCAUCUUCCACGAGCUCCCCGCACUGCUCCAGUCGACUCGGUAUCAUUCGCUCGCGGCAACACUGCUCACUCUGCCAAAAGAGCUGGCGGUCACGGCGACAACGCAGGAGUCGGGCGUCAUCAUGGCGGUCAGGCAUAGGGAGUAUGCGGUCGAGGCGGUUCAGUACCACCCCGAGAGCUGUAUGAGCGAGGGCGGAAGGGGAAUGAUGGCGAAUUUCUUGCGGAUGAAGGGAGGAUACUGGGGAGAGAAUGAGUGGUGUGGUGCAGGCAAGGCGCAGCCUGAGGCCAAGGCGAACGGAUCGGCUCAUCUCCCUACUAUCCUGGAUCGGAUCCACGCCCAGCGUCUCGUCGACGUCGACGCUGCCGCCGCUAUUCCCGCUUCUACCCCCGCCAACCUCCACACCUCCCUUUCCCUCCAUACCGCCCCUGCCCAAAUCGACCUCGUCAAGCGCAUCACCUCCACUCCUCACACGGCCGUCAUGGCGGAAAUCAAGCGCGCCUCGCCGUCCAAGGGCGACAUCUCGCUGCACGCGUCCGCCCCGGAGCAGGCGCUCAAGUACGCUCUCGCCGGUGCCUCGGUCAUCUCGGUCCUCACCGAACCCAAGUGGUUCAAGGGGGGACUGACAGAUAUGCUCGCGGUCCGCCAAGCGAUCGACUCGCUCCCCAAUCGUCCCGCCGUCCUCCGCAAGGACUUUAUCCUGUCCACCUACCAAAUAGACGAAGCGCGGCUCUACGGCGCAGAUACCGUCCUCCUCAUCGUCGCCAUGCUCUCUCCUUCCCAACUUCAAGAACUCUACUCUUACUCUUUAUCGCUCGGCAUGGAGCCCCUCGUCGAAGUCAACAAUCCCCAAGAGCUACAGCUCGCCCUCGCCCUCGGAUCCAAAGUUAUCGGCGUGAACAAUCGGAAUCUCCACGAUUUCAAGGUGGACAUGGAGACGACCUCCCGGGUGAAUGCCGCGCUGGAUGGGAAGGAUGUCAUUCUGUGUGCGCUGAGCGGGAUCAGCUCGCCAGAGGAUGUCAGCAAGUACGUCAAGGAGGGAGUGAGGGCGGUAUUGGUCGGUGAAGCAUUGAUGCGGGCCGAGGACGCUGGCAAGUUCUUGCGGGAACUCAUAUCUCUCCCUCCUCCCUCGCCUACCCCUUCGCCUCGCCCCAUCGUCAAGAUCUGCGGUAUCCGCUCCACCUCGGACGCAUCUAUCGCCAUCGCGGCCGGCGCGGACCUCCUCGGCGUCAUCCUCGUUCCCGGAACCAAGCGGUGCAUCCCUCUCUCCCGCGCAAAGGAAAUAUCCACCCUCGUCCGGUCCGCCGCAUCCAUAUCUACUCCCAUUCCCGCCCCAUCCACCCCCGAAGGAUGGUUCGCCUUCCACGCGCGCCAACUCCAAUCUCGGCGCAAACCCCUCCUCGUCGGUGUAUUCCGGGAUCAACCCCUCGAGGAGAUUCUCUCCGCGGUGGACGAGGGUGGGCUGGACAUGGUGCAGCUACAUGGGGACGAGCCGCAGGCCUGGGCCAGGUUCAUUCCUGUACCGGUCAUCAAGGUGUUCCGAGUCAAGCCGGACGGGACGGUGCUAGGCGGCGAGAUUGGCCGGCCGGGGCUGAAUCAGUUUGUUCUGCUGGAUACGGCGGGUGGAGGAGGAGAGGGCAAGGCGUUCCCGUGGGAACAUGCGCGGAAGAUUAUCGAGGCAGGCGAGGUGGGGAUCAAGGGGAGCAGGAUGCCGGUUCUGCUUGCGGGCGGAUUGGGGCCGGAGAAUGUGGGAGAGGCGGUAGCGGCCAGUGGAGGCGUUUUGGGGGUGGAUGUGGCGAGUGGGGUGGAGGGGGCCGAGGGGAAGGAUAAAGAGAAGGUGGGGGCGUUUGUCAAGGCGGCAAGGGGGUGA